AUGAAUCGUCGGCUGAAAACACUCUACCGCAGUCCAGUGAAGAAGAGCAAGAGCAAGGCAAAUACAUGGGUUCGAAUUCCAGGUCAGCAAGAACGAAAGGACCGGCUAGAAAAGAAACUAGAGGAGCUUCUCAACCGUGCCACCUCAGCCUCUGUUAGCGCAACCCAAACCCUCGAAGCCCUUGGCAAUUGCGAAGAUGUUCCAGAUACGCAAGACAUAACGAUGGAUACGGAAGAUCCUUCAUCGGUUGCAACUGAUUGGGUAGAUAUGGAGGAUAACUGUGAAGCAGACGAACCACUCCACAUUCCAGCCCAUUCCGAAAACGCGCCUUCAAACGCGGUAAACGUGGAGUCGGGCACUCAGCUCGAGGCUAGAAAGGUGGAUAAUCGAUGGAAGGCUCUGCUUUCGAGCUUAAUAGAGCCCUUCAUUACCUAUCGCAACGAAACGGUUGGACGGGUUGAUUACCGCUUUGAAGGAUUCACGCAGCUGUGCACGUCGGGUUCAUGCCGCAUUCAUCAUUCCAGAGUCCAGUGUUACCUCUAUGACCACCAUCAAGAACUCGGCGUACCCUACUGUGAAUGCAGCAAUCUACCUCAAACUCUGGUUCAUCACGGCUUCUUCCCAACAUCACCUUCCCAACCUCGUGUAGCGUUCUCAAUUGCACUUCUCGACCUCUAUCAUGCUCUCCGCGAAAAGUCCUGUGAUGCGGUCACUGCGUUGGCGGGUGCUCUUGACAAGGUGUACAAGCACCGUGGUUUUAGGUUACUUAGCACGUCGGUAUGA